GAACCAAAAGAAGUGAUCUUGAGGGCUGAGGAGGGUGUUGAAAAAUAUGCCUCAUCCAUUGUGAGCAGAGCUCAGUAUUUUGCUAGCAUCAUGGUCAUUGUUGGUUUAUCUGUGGUGGUAACAGUGCUGGUUCUGCAGUUUCACCAUCAUGACCCGCAAGCAGGAAAGAUGCCCAAAUGGGUCCGUGUCAUUGUACUGAAUUGGUGUGCUUGGUUUUUACGAAUGAAGAAACCCGGGGAAAGUUUAAAGCCCUUGUCUUGCAAAUAUGACUGUCUCAAGCAUGAUCUGAGCAUAAGCAGCAUGGAGAUGAAUGUCCUACCUGGGCACCAGUCUAGCAAUGGCAACACGACCUAUAGCUACCAUGCAACAGAAAAUUCACGCUGCACCCAGAAGAAUGAUCUGGGUAGCAGGAGUGGAAAAAUUACUUGCCCCUUACCAGAAGAUGUUGAGCUUGUUCAAAAGAAAGUUUUAAUGGAUACUGUUCCAGUGAUUGUGAAGAUCCUGGAGGAAGUUCAGUUCAUAGCAAUGCGCUUCAGGAAACAAGAUGAGGGUGAAGAGAUCUGUAGUGAGUGGAAGUUUGCAGCUGCUGUCGUAGACAGAUUAUGCCUGGUUGCAUUUACCCUUUUUGCCAUCAUUUGCACAUUUACAAUACUCAUGUCUGCUCCAAAUUUUAUAGAGGCUGUUUCAAAGGAUUUUGCAUAA